AUGAUGAAAACAAAGCACCAGGGGCUGGUUGCUGACCUGAUGCCCAACAUCAGGUUGAUGCAAAUCAGCGGGCAUUUUAUGUUCAAUUACUACAGCGAUGGCAAGAAAUUGAUGCACAAAGUCUACUGCAGUGUCCACUUGUUCCUAAUACUGCUGCAGUUUGCAUUUGUUGCGAUUAAUUUAGUCGCGGAAAAAGAAGACGUGGACGAUCUUACCGCGAACACGAUAACAAUAUUGUUCUUCUUACACACGGUGAUUAAAGUUAUCUACUUUGCCGCGAGGAGCAAAUUGUUCUAUCGCACUCUAGCGAUCUGGAACAAUCCGAACAGCCACCCGUUGUUUGCUGAAAGCAAUGCAAGGUACCAUGCUAUUGCGAUUACCAAGAUGAGGAGGCUGCUGUUUUGUGUUGGAGCUGCUACUAUCCUUACUGUCAUCAGCUGGACCACUCUUACGUUCUUUGAAGAUCCUCAUGUUGAGCGGCUGGAUAAAGAGACCAAUGAAACUUACAUUGUGGAGAUUCCAAGAUUAUUGGUGCGAUCCUGGUACCCAUUCGACGCGCGUCAUGGAGUAGCGCACAUCGGAAUGCUAAUCUACCAAAUCUACUGGCUGCUGGUGUGCACAGUAGACGCAAAUUCAAUCGACGUGCUCUUUUGUUCAUGGCUGCUGUUUGCUUGCGAGCAGCUCCAACAUCUCAAGGCAAUAAUGAAGCCACUUAUGGAAUUAAGUGCGACCUUAGAUACUGUGGUGCCUAACAGCGGCGAGUUGUUCAAGGCGGGAAGCGCUGAUCAUCUUCGAGAUAAUGAAGGUGUACCUGCAGAAUCAGCGAUGAACGGCGACAACAUGCUGGAUAUGGAUCUUCGGGGGAUUUACAGCAAUCGGCAAGAUUUCACAGCUACUUUCCGGGGUACUGGUGGUACCCAAUACACCGGUGGGGUUGGUCCUAAUCAACUUACUAAGAAGCAAGAGAUGCUGGUUCGCAGCGCCAUCAAGUACUGGGUGGAACGUCAUAAGCACAUUGUCAGGCUCGUCACUGCGAUAGGAGACGCUUAUGGUGUGGCUUUGCUGUUCCACAUGUUGAUUACCACCAUCACCCUUACGCUGCUCGCUUAUCAGGCCACUAAGGUCAAUGGUAUCAAUGUUUAUGCCGCGUCGACUAUUGGGUACUUGUUGUACUCUCUUGGUCAAGUAUUCUUGUUCUGUAUAUUUGGAAAUCGAUUAAUUGAAGAAAGCUCAUCUGUGAUGGAAGCUGCUUAUUCAUGUCAUUGGUACGACGGUUCAGAGGAAGCUAAAACGUUUGUACAAAUAGUGUGUCAGCAAUGUCAAAAAGCUAUGUCUAUAUCAGGAGCUAAGUUCUUCACCGUGUCGCUGGAUCUAUUCGCUUCGGUACUCGGAGCGGUAGUGACGUACUUCAUGGUGUUAGUACAACUUAAAUAAAC